AUGGAGGAAUCAAAGGGAGUGGUUAAGCACAUUUUGCUGGCAAAGUUUAAGGAUGAUACCCCACCAGAGAAGGUAGAUGAGAUCAUUAAGAACUUUGCAAACCUUGUCAAUCUUAUUGAGCCCAUGAAGUCUUUCCACUGGGGAAAGGAUAUAAGCACGUCUAACAAGCAUGAGGGCUUCACUCAUGUGUUCGAGGCCACUUUCGAGAGUUUGGAAGCUGUUAAUGAGUAUGUUGCACAUCCAGCCCAUGAUGAAUUCGCUGCUGCGUCGAAGGCAGCCAUAGAGAAGUUCAUUGCUGUUGACUAUAUACCCACAUAG